AUGUCAUCAACGGGAACAAACGACAUUCGUCCAAGGAAGGUUUGUCUUUCGUACACAGGUGGUAAGGAUUGCACAUUAACUUUACACCAUUUAUCUGCCCAUCCUCAACAAUAUACCAUUAACUCAUUGGUGACGUUCACACCCUCGGGCCCAAAACCCUUUCUCGCUCACCCUCAACCCUUGAUAAAGCUCCAGUCAUCCGCUCUCCAGCUCCCUCAUCAAUUCCUCUCGGUGAGUGCACCCUACGUGGACUCAUAUCGUUCAUUGAUUUCGUCGCUCGGAGUUGAUGCUCUAGCCACCGGCGAUAUUCUUGAUGUGUGUGACCAAUUUAUGGAUCGCGUCGUCAAAGGCACUAAUGUCGAGUUGGUGCGUCCGUUGUGGGGACGUGAGCGAAGUGAAAUGAUCAAUGAAAUACUGAACUUUGGUUUCGAGGUGCUGAUUACUUGUGUGAAUCUGGAGAAGGUGCAAGAGGAGGUGGCCAAGCAGUUGGUGGGAAACAUCCUCACAAGGGAACUGUACGAGAAUGUGAUCUCGAAACAAGAGGGAUUGGAUGAAAGUGGCGAGAUGGGUGAGUAUCAUAGCAUGGUGUUGAAUGCACCGUUAUUUAAGAAACGGAUCGUGAUUAACAGGGGACGACAAGUUGUCUCGGAUGAUGGAAGGUUCAUGUAUUACGAAGUUUUAGAGUGCAAAGCUGUUGAUAAAUUAUGA